UUUAAAAAUGGCGGACGAUGCAUCGAGCAGUAGCGGCUGCACCGGUAAUUUAGUUGAUAAUUCUAUAAAUCAAGAUGAGCUGAUUAUGAAACAACAACGGGAGAUAGAAAAGGAGAUAUCAGAGUCUAUACCGCUAGUCGGUGAUCUCGAAGACUUGUCGUCACUAGAAAAAGAAUACAAUGAGGAUCCGGUGUACCUUCUAAAAGUAAAAGACCUUUCUUCUAAGUACAAAUGCAUAAGGAGAACUCGACCUGACGGAAACUGUUUUUUCCGUGCAUUUUCAUACGCGUAUUUAGAACAACUCUUGACCGAUAAGGCCGAAUAUGAAAAGUUCUAUGAAAUAGCAAAGAACUCGAAGGACACUCUCGUUGCUUUAGGGUUCUCUCAGUUCACAGUUGAGGACUUUUAUGAGACGUUUAUGGAGGUGGUGAGUCGGGUGGGCGAGCAGGCAGGCGGGUCACCGGACACGCUGGAGGAGGUGCGCACGGAGCUGCACGACAAGUUCAACAAGCAGGGCUACUCUGACUACAUUGUAGUGUACCUGCGCCUCAUCACAUCUGGCCAGCUGCAGACACAGUGUGAAUUUUACCAGAAUUUUAUUGAAGGCCCACGGACUGUUACAGAGUUUUGUAGACAGGAGGUGGAGCCUAUGUAUAAGGAGUCUGACCACAUUCACAUCAUUGCUUUGAGCAACGCACUCAAUGUGGGAGUCAGAGUCAAGUAUAUGGACCGUGGAGAAGGAAGCCAGGUGAUAGCACACGACUUCCCCGAGGGCGCGAAGCCCCUGGUGCAUCUACUCUACCGACCAGGCCACUAUGACAUCCUUUAUAAGUGAUUGUGUGACAUGUCGCUACUCUACAAUAAACAUGAUGCUCCUACCUG